AUGAACACUUCUCUUUGUGAACCUCCUUUUGCCAUCACUCACCAGAGCCCUCUCUGUGACCUCAAUGCCAGCUGUGAUUGGUUAUCAUCGUUCUGCAACAGAACCACAGCGGACAGUGCUCUGCAGCUGCCCACCUUCACAACUGCAGCCAAAGUCAGAGUCAUCACAACAUUUAUCCUCUGCGGCGUCUCCACUUUGUGUAAUCUGGCGGCUCUUUGGGUCGCCAACAGCCACAAGCGUAAAUCCCAUGUCCGGGUGCUGAUAAUAAACCUGACGGCGGCGGAUCUGCUGGUCACCUUCAUCGUGAUGCCGGUGGAUGCUGUGUGGAACAUUACCGUGCAGUGGCUGGCCGGAGACCUGGCCUGCAGAGUACUCAUGUUUCUCAAGCUGCAGGCCAUGUACUCCUGUGCCUUUGUCACCGUGGUGAUUAGUCUGGACAGACAGUCAGCCAUCCUUAACCCUUUGGCGAUCAGCAUGGCCCGCAGGAGGAACAGGGUCAUGCUCAUGGUGGCUUGGACCAUGAGCGCCUUGUUCUCUAUCCCUCAGAUCUUCAUCUUCCACAACGUGACGAUCACACAUCCUGCAGAGUUCACCCAGUGCACCACGAGAGGCAGCUUUCUGACUCACUGGCAGGAGACGGCCUACAACAUGUUUACCUUCUGCUGCCUCUUCCUCCUGCCGCUCUUCAUCAUGAUCACCGUCUACACCCGCAUCUUCCUCCAGAUCUCCACCAGGAUGAAGAGGAAGAGCUUAUCCGCCGGAGAGCCCGAAUGGCGCUGUUCCCAAAACAACAUCCCCAAAGCCCGGAUGAGGACUCUCACGAUGAGCAUGGUCAUUGUCGUCUGCUUCAUAGUCUGCUGGACGCCCUACUACCUGCUGGGCCUGUGGUACUGGUUCUUCCCCGACGACCUGGAGGGCAAAGUCUCCCACUCUCUCACCCACAUCUUGUUCAUUUUCGGCCUCUUCAACACCUGCAUGGACCCCAUAAUCUACGGCCUUUUCACCGUCCGCUUCAAGGGCCGCAGGAAGCAGGGCCGCACCACAAUGAGUGACAUCACACGGACUAAUUCCCAACGACGGCUGCGAUGGAAAUUGUGGACAAUGGGCCUCGCAUUCACCAGCGGCGAUAUCUUUUGUCCGCUGCUUUACCAUCGUGAAGAUCGCAAACGAGUCAAGUGUGUUCAGAAUGCUUAG